AUGGCGAACAGCGGUGUCGCCUUCCUAGUCCCAUUGCUUACAAAGAGAAACUAUGACAAUUGGAGUCUAAGAAUGACGGCUAUACUAGGAGCACAUGAUGCGUGGGAGAUAGUCGAAAGAGGCUACAUUGAACCGGUGAAUGAAAAUGAAGAAACAUUCAAGAAGGUCGCGGGAGCAAAGACGGCCAAAGAAGCAUGGGAGAAGCUUCGAACUUCUUACAAAGGAGCGGAGCAAGUAAAGAAGGUACGUCUUCAAACUCUAAGAGGAGAAUUUGAAGCGCUGCAAAUGAAGGAAGGAGAACUCGUCUCUGAUUACUUCUCAAGAGUUUUGACGGUUACUAAUAACCUUAAAAGAAAUGGUGAGAAGUUAGACGAUGUGAGAAUCAUGGAGAAAGUUCUUAGAUCAUUAUAUCCAAAAUUUGAGCAUAUUGUCACCGUCAUCGAGGAUACAAAGGAUCUAGAGGCUAUGACUAUAGAACAACUUCUUGGGUCAUUGCAAGCCUAUGAAGAAAAGAAGAAGAAGAAGAAGGAAGAUAUCGCAGAAAAGACAAAGUACUCAAGAUGCGUAUCGAUCAUGAUAAAGAAGAAGGUGGUCGAAACCAUCCAAGACAAGGCGGGAGUCAAGCACGAGGACGAGGUCGAGGAUAUGGAAACGGACGAGGUUGGAGACCAAAUGAAGACCGCACCAACCAAAGAGGAGACAAUUCAUCAAGAGGCCAUGGAAGAGGAAGUCCAAAAUCAAGGUACGAUAAGUCAAGCAUCAAAUGCUACAAUUGUGGAAAGUUUGGACAUUAUGCUUCCGAAUGUAGAGCUCCAAACAACAAUAGAGUUGAAGAGAAGUCCAAAUACGUAG